AAAUUUACAUAAUGUACGAUCUUAUCGAGGGUUAGUAUCUCCAAAUAGGAAGUGCGUUCGUGCUAUUUUGGAGCUGUCACUGAAGAGGUUUCUGUUAGGGCAAAAUUUCGAUUCAAAAAAAUCCUUAACCAAAGUUUUUUUUUUUGUCAAUUCUAUAAUUUUUUGGGGGACUGAAAAGGACUUUGAUAUAUGAGCAAAUUUUUAGUCUCCUUUAUCUUCCUUGAACCACAACUUUCUGGCAUUGCCAGUUUGCCACCUAAAAGUGCCGUUUCUCUCUCAUCAUUUCUCUUGUAAUCUCAAUUUCGUCUUUCCCUUUAAACUCAGGUUUUCACAGUCCCACUGGUUGUUAGCGUAGGUUGGGUCACAUCAACAGCCAGCGGGUGCUGAGAGGUGUGGUCGUCGUGGGGUCACAAUUGGGUAGAUGGAUUUCUAGCUCUCACACGAUCUCUUUACUUCUAAAAUAGUCGGCAUCCUCUCCAAUCAAAUACAACCUCGUCAGCCCACUUUUGGUUCUCUUUACUGGGAAAGUUUUGUAGUUUGGUUUAGAUGUCAAUUUAUCUUUCUAAAUAAUCAUUCUGAAAUUUAGCUGUUAAGUGAGAAGCGGUGAAGUUUUUUUUUUUUUUUUGAGGAAAAGAGAAAAUUGUCAUAGUGUGGUGAUCGAACGGCAGAGACGGAGUCCUGUGAAAAUAUCAAAGUGCGUUUUCCUUUCUUGAUUGUAUAUUGACUUACUGCGGUGGAUUGGGAUUGGCUUAAAGUGGGUAGCUUUUCGUUUUUAAGCACGAACAAACAAAAGUAAAUACUGUGGGGUCCUGAGACUUGUUGAGGGAAGUUUCAUCUUCAUUCUGACGAUUUUAUCAAAAACGGAAAACCUUUGAGCAUAGAAUCUCUCGAGUAUUUAAGCAUAUUCUUUAAAUAUUACUGGCUUCCAGAUCUGGAUCGUCUUGUUCCUGCUCAACCUGCCCUGUGUAGUGUAGGUAGGAGUAAUUUGGACGGUAUUGUGUUAAUAACCGUUGAUAUUUCGGUUUCGACUCUCUGAUUUCAUGUUUUCAUUGCCAGAUAGCUUCAUUUCGUGAGAGCAAAUCAGACGAUCGACGAUUCUACAUAUUCACAGCUACGAAGACCCUUCAUCUAAGAACUGAUUCAACAAGAGAUCGGGAGGCUUGGAUACAAGCUCUUGCUUCCACUAGGAGCCUCAUUCCAUUGAGGUCGUUAAAUAAUCUAUCCUUUGUACCAAAGGACUUGUCUAUAUCUACACAAAGACUUAAAAAGCGCUUACUUGAAGAGGGAAUCGAUGACAACCUCGUGAAGGAUUUGGAGCAGAUCAUGCUGUCUGAGUUCUCUGAUAUACAAGGGCAUCUUAGUAUUCUCUGUGAAGAACGGUCCAAUUUGGUAGACACAAUAAGGCAACUAGAGGCAACAAAUAUUGAAACUGAAACCUCUGGGAUACAAGAUUGCGAAUAUCAAUUGACAAAGCAUGAAUUUUCUGCUCUAGGGCAUGGAAAGUAUAGUGAAUGUAGUACAACUGAAUCAUCUGAUGAAAUUGAGAAACAAGAGCUUGAGGCUUCAGACGAAGAUGAAGUCUCCUUCUAUGACACAAAAGAUUAUUUUACUGAACCCACUAAUAGUUCUAGUUCCUUAGCGAGAUUCAAAGAAGCUGAAUGUCAUUUUGGUGAUGUGGAGGAGAUGCAUUCAGUGAAGAUAGUAAAUAAUUACGAUUGUUCGCACAUGGAAAGGCGGAAAAAGUUUCCUGAUCCUGCUGAGAAAGAGAAAGGGGUUAGUCUUUGGUCUUUGAUAAAAGACAACGUGGGAAAGGAUCUGACACGAGUUUGUCUCCCUGUUUACUUUAAUGAGCCGAUAUCAUCCCUCCAGAAAUGCUUUGAGGACUUGGAGUACUCGUAUCUUUUGGACCGAGCAUAUGAGUUUGGAAAAACAGGGGACAGUCUCAUGAGAAUAUUAAAUGUUGCUGCUUUCGCAGUUUCUGGAUAUGCUUCCUCUGAAGGUCGGCAUUGUAAACCCUUCAAUCCUUUGCUUGGGGAAACUUAUGAAGCGUACUAUCCUGAGAAAGGAGUUCGCUUCUUCUCUGAGAAGGUCUGUCAUCACCCAACUCUUAUUGCUUGUCACUGUGAAGGUAAAGGGUGGAAAUUCUGGGGUGACAGCAAUAUCCGCACAAAAUUUUGGGGCAGAUCAAUUCAGCUUGAUCCCGUUGGAGUUUUGACUCUAGAGUUUGAUGAUGGUGAAAUAUUCCAGUGGAGCAAGGUUACAACAAAUAUCUAUAUUUUGGGUAAAAUAUAUUGUGAUCACCAUGGGAUGAUGCACAUACGUGGCAAUGGCCAAUAUUCAUGCACACUCAAGUUUAAAGAGCAGUCUAUUCUUGAUCGGAAACCUUACCAGGUUAAUGGGUACGUUGAAGAUGUAAUGGGGAAAAAAGUUGCCACAUUGUUUGGAAAAUGGAAUGACGGCAUGUAUUACAGUAAAGGUGAUGGGACUGCCAAGCCAAAAAAUUUCAAUCCCUCAUGUGGCGCCUCCUUGCUGUGGAAAAGUACUAAACCACCUCCUAAUCUCACCCGAUACAACUUAACAUCAUUUGCAAUCACUUUAAAUGAACUGACACCAGGACUGCAGAUUAAGGAGAAGCUCCCACCCACGGAUUCCAGGCUUAGACCAGACCAGCGGCAUCUGGAAAACGGGGAAUAUGAGAAGGCAAAUGCAGAGAAGCAACGGUUGGAGAUGAGGCAGAGGAUUUCAAGGAAAUUACAAGAAAAUGGGUGGAGGCCGAGAUGGUUCCAGAGAGAAGGUGAGACAGGAGCAUUCCGCUAUGUUGGGGGAUACUGGGAAUCCCGAGAGGAGGGAAUUUGGGAUGGAUGUCCAGAUAUAUUUGGUGAAUUAACUGAAGUCCAUGCAGAAUCUGGUAAAGGAUCUUAGUUUUCGAUUCAGGUGCCGGAUGCGUACUCCCUCUGAAACUACCUUGGCAACCUUAGAUUCCCAGUUUCACAUCAUGAUGCAGCUUCCAUUGUUCCUAGAGAGGCAGCGAAAAGAAUUUGCCAUGGCUUUCCCAUUGUUCUAAAUGAAAGGUGAAUCUUAAGUUUGCAUAGAUAAUAAUUAAUAAUUAUUUUUUCUUGGUAGGAAUAAAUAGAAAAGAAAAUUUGUUACUA